CCCUUUAAGCCCGUUUAGGAAUAAUUAAUGACGUCGGGCUGUAAACACGACUGACGCUCAGCUGCGUGGUCACAGCAUCCUCUCAGACCCGGAGCCCCGAGAAGACCUCUCCAGGUUCCCCGGGUUUAUCCGCCGACAGCACCGACGCCACCGCAGUCCACCUCGACUCUCAUAUGCGGUCUCCAAAACCCAGACGACGGCGGUGCAUCUCUCCUACCAAGUGCCAUGGCUAGAAAGACGGACAUCCCCUCCUCUUACUACGGUGAGCCACGCAAGUUUGACCCAAACUUCAGAGGGCCGGUUCAUAACAGGAGCUGCACUGAUGUGGUUUGCUGUGUUAUCUUCGUCAUUGUCAUCUUCGGCUACAUCGCUCUGGGUACCGUGGCCUGGAUCCAUGGUGACCCCAGGAAGGUCGUCUAUCCAACUGACAGCCACGGUCAGUUCUGUGGCCAGAAGAACACACCCAAUGCAAACAAAGCCAUAUUAUUCUACUUCAACAUGUUAAGAUGUGCCAAUCCUGCAGUUUUAAUUAACCUCCAGUGCCCUACAACCCAGCUCUGUGUCUCCAAGUGCCCUGACAGAUUUGCCACUCUCCUGGAUGCGUGGAAUACCAAAAACUGGGAAUAUUACAAGCAAUUCUGCAAACCGGGCUUCAAGAUUGGCAGUAAGUCCACUAUAGAAGUCAUACGAGAUGAAGACUGUCCAUCUAUGAUUGUGCCAAGCAGACCUUUCCUUCAGCGGUGCUUCCCAGAUUUCAUUACAAGAAAUGGAAUUUUAACUGUAGCCAAUCAGACCAUCUUCAAAGACGGCGACAAUAACAAGAGAAGUGUCAGUGACCUCAAAGAUGCUGCCAACCAAGUAACCGCCAUGCAGCAAGGAGAGGAAAGAGGUAUCGCCAAUCUGCUCAGUGCCAAAGAAGUUGGCAUGAAGAUCGUUGAGGAUUAUGCAAAUUCCUGGUACUGGAUCCUCAUUGGUCUGGUGAUAACCAUGGCAGUCAGUCUGCUCUUUAUCCUGCUGCUGCGCUACACUGCUUGUGUGCUCCUGUGGCUCAUUGUGUUUGGUGUCAUCACUGCUGUCGGCUACGGUAUCUGGCACUGCUACUGGGAGUACAGUUUUCUGAGUGGGAAGCCGGGAGCUAACGUCACCAUCUCUGACAUCGGCUUUCACACAGACUUCAGCGUUUACCUUCAUCUCAGCCAGACGUGGCUCGUCUUCAUGAUCGCUCUGGCAGUGAUUGAGGCCAUCGUUGUGAUUAUGCUGAUAUUUCUGAGGACGAGGCUGCGGAUCGCUGUUGCACUGCUAAAGGAGGGCAGCAAGGCGAUUGGCUACAUCAUGUCCACUCUCUUCUACCCUAUCAUCACCUUUUUCCUUCUGGCCAUCUGCAUCGCGUACUGGGCCGUUACAGCAGUGUUCUUGUCAUCAUCUGGUCAUGCCGUCUAUAAGGUUGCACCCGCUGACGAUAAAUGCAUGUAUGCCAACCUCACGUGCAGUCCAAAGACCUUCGAUCAGACCAACAUCACCAAAGUGUGCCCCGGGUCACAGUGCAUGUUCGCCUUCUAUGGUGGGGAGAGCGUGUACCACCGCUACAUCUUAGUCCUCCAUCUGUGCAACCUGUUUGUUUUCCUCUGGCUCGUCAACUUUACCAUCGCCCUGGGACAGUGCACCCUGGCUGGAGCCUUCGCUUCCUAUUACUGGGCCCUGAAGAAGCCAAAUGACAUCCCUGCCUGCCCCCUGUACUCCUCAUUUAGCAGAGCCAUACGUUAUCACACAGGUUCCCUCGCUUUCGGUUCCCUGAUCGUUGCCGUGGUGCAGAUGAUCCGAGUGGUCCUCGAGUAUCUGGAUCACAAACUGAAAGGUUCUCAAAAUGCCUGCGCUCGUUACCUGCUCUGCUGCCUCAAAUGCUGCUUCUGGUGCCUGGAACAUUUCAUAAAGUUUAUAAACAGAAACGCGUACAUUAUGAUGGCAAUAUAUGGAAAGAACUUCUGCACCUCGUCCAAGGACGCUUUCUUCCUUCUGAUGAGGAAUGUUAUUCGGGUGGCUGUCCUGGAUAAGGUGACAGACUUCUUGCUCUUCUUGGGAAAGCUGCUCAUUACAGGAGGUGUUGGUGUUCUCGCAUUUUUCUUCUUCACACAUAAGAUACCAGCUAUUCAAGAAGAGGUGCCAUCCCUAAAUUACUACUGGGUUCCUGUUCUGACGGUGAUAUUUGGAUCCUACAUGAUUGCACAUGGCUUUUUUAAUGUCUACGCCAUGUGCGUGGACACAUUGUUCCUGUGCUUUUUGUGGGACCUGGAGGUGAAUGACGGCUCUGCUGCUCGGCCCUUCUACAUGAACAAAUCUUUGAAGAGCAUCCUGAACAAGAAGAACGUCAGGAAAUAGAAACAAGAAGAGAGGUGAGGGAAGGAGAAGGACUGGAGGUCAUUUACCAGAGCAUGGGACAAGCCUGUGUGGCAAUAAGCAUUUUUACCAUAUGUAUUUUAAGUUUGCAUAAAUUUUACUUGUUCAUUAUAAUGGACAAAGUGUAGUUAUGCUACUUUCAAAAUUUCAGUCACCUGCACAAUCAUAAUUUAUGGAUUGGAUAGGUUGUCUAUACUUAUAGCUCACUCCAGGAAUAUUUGUAUUGAUGGUGUACAAAGUUUUUUAAAUGUUAUAACUAAAAUGUGGUUUGUGGCAUAAUUCUUACAGUCAUUUAAGUCUAUACACAGCCACAGUCACAGUGCAUAGUAAGUUCCUAUUGGAACAAGUAAUGUCUUUGUUUAUUGAGGUUGUGGUUGAACCUCAGCUCUUUGUUCUUGAUCUCUUGUAAUUACCAGUUUUCACCACUCGGUGGUGCCAGUUAUCACCAGACCUCACUUUUUAUUCCAUGAAAUGGUCUAUUGUAAACUCAUCUGUGGGUUGUUAUCACAGUUUCUGACCUAAGAUGUCUCACAUUGAGAAAAAACGUCCACUGUUUUCAUAUUCAACUGUCAAGGAUGGUAUAAAAGUUCAGUUUUUAAUUCCUAUGUGCUUUUAUUGUCUAAUUGCAUCUUGCAGUUACAUGUGUUUUAUACUCACAGCUGUUUUUCCUCAAAGAACUCUUUUAAAGGGACAGUCAGUCGCCAACUGUGGAGGUUUUUGUCUUUUCCAGAUAUUUGUAGUAAAAAUGAAAGGUGAAGUGGAAUUAUCUUAUCCAGUUUUGAAGAACAUCACAUAACCAAAUAGAAAUGCUCUCAGAGUACUAAGUGCAACAAUCAAUAUCAAUACUGCAGUGUUAGUUAUUAUCCCCCAUCGAUCUCAACAAAAAACUUCCCUCUGAAAGUUAAAAGGCAACUGCUUAUAUAGCCCCUUCCAUCAGCAGGAGCCAACCCAGACCAUACCACCCUCGCCUGGAAACAGGCAGGUGGAAGUUAACUGUUAGAUCCAACUUUACACAAAAAAUAGCAAAUAGCUGCUUAGAGAAGCAGCUCAGUCAGCAUAAAUCAAAUCCGGAAAGAGCAAUGUUAUAGGCCACGCCCACAUGCACCAAUCAAAAUGGCACUUCAGAUUUUGUUUAAUUCUGGCCUCCAGACCAUGCACAGCUAAUUUAGAUCGAUUUUGUUGACCUGGUUUUGAGGUACAUAUAUUUGUAAUUUCUGGUGCCCCCUUUUGGUUGGGUUUAAAAUGCUUUUGAAGCCAAGAUUGGCUGAGCACCUCUCUUUGCAGAGAUGACGGCAGCCAUGUUUUGUGACCGAUCCUGCUCAUUUCUAACAGAAACGUGCAUCUCAGGCCCCAAAGGCUGUUUAGGGGUUUAAUUCAUCUUAGUGUUUGCAUUACACUAAGACUUAACCUUUUGACAGAUUUGAAAUAGAAACUGCAGGUCCUGACCCAACCACCAGCCGAUUUACCAAAUUCGACGAAAACUGCAGUUAUCUCUGCAGACAUGAACGGGCAGACAGAAACCACUGAUUACAAUUACACCAGACUGCUACCACAGACCACAUAACGUGGCUGUGAAAAUCAUAGGCUUGUUCUCUAGUGUGUGUCCAAGCAGCAAAAAAACACAGAACCUGAACCUGUGACACGUUCUGUUUCUUAUCUUUUCAACCUAUGGGCGAAUCUGUGUGCGACUCAGAGGGUCAUACAUGAAUUAAGUAGCUGCUCUUAAAGAGAUACUCUCCAUAAAUGUAUCUCAUUAGUUUUAGAGUUGCUUCCUACUGGUUGAAAUGUUUCUCUGUCUCUUCUUAUUAAAGGUUCAAUGUGUAGAAUUUAGUGACAUCUAGUGGUGAAGCUGAAUACCCCUCCCCUCACCCUCCACUUCCAAACAUGAAGGAGAACCUGUG